UAUAUUAAUAUACUCAUUAUUAGCAUUAGCAUCGCUGAUUCGUUAUUGUUUUCAAUACGAUUUAGAUGAAUUUUGUUUGUAAAUAAUACAAUGACUGGAUAUUCUCGCCUAGCACAAGAACCAACCGAAACCGAUAAAGUAUCAUCAGAAACAUUAUGUAGCAAAUAUAUUCGCAUUGCUACCGUUGUGGCUUUCUACUGGUUCGUAUCGAUAACGAUGGUAUUUCUAAAUAAACAAGCAUUGAAUCAAGUUAAUGCUCCGUUUUUUAUUACUUGGUUCCAAUGUCUGGUUACCGGAGUAAUGUUGUUCACAUUUCGUGUAUUAGACGAUUGGAGAUCUUCAAAAUGGAUGAACAACAAAUGCCAAGAAUCUUUAAUCAGUGAUAAUGGCGUGAUAAGUAUUAUGAGCCGUUUCUUGGUCAUUCCUUGCUAUCAGAUUCGUUUUUCUGUUGUCAAAAGAAUAUUGCCCUUGUCAGUGGUAUUUGUAGCCAUGAUCUCGUUCAACAAUCUUUCAUUGCAAUUCGUGGGAAUCGCUUUCUAUUUUGUGGUUCGCUCAUUGACACCUGUGUUCAACGUAUUAUUCUCCUACAUCAUUUUACACAAGAAAACGUCCGUUCGUUCCAUACUAUGCUGCAUGGGUAUCAUAUUCGGUUUUGCCAUGGGCGUUGAUCAGGAACAAGCAUUGGGCACAUUGUCAGCAAUAGGAGUAUUAUGUGGCGUAUUAGCUUCCAUGUUCGUAUCACUAAAUUCAAUAUUCGUGGCUUCUAUGUUGAAAGUGGUCGAUCAAAACGUAGCCUUAUUGUCUUAUUAUAAUUCAAUUAUUGCAGUCGUACUGUUCAUACCGUUCAUCAUGAUGAAUAAUGAAUGGCACAUGAUUAUUGCACAUUUGGGCGAUCAUCACUUCUGGCUUAUCAUGGCCACUACCGGUAUAUUUGGUUUAUUUAUAAGUAUAGUGACCAAUCUGCAAAUUCAGUACACUUCUCCAUUGACGCAUAACAUUAGCGGCACGGCCAAAGCUUGCAGUCAGACUAUAUUGGCUACUUAUGUUUACGAACAACACAAAACAUUCAAUUGGUGGUUGAGCAAUGUGAUUGUAUUGGCAUCGUCCACUAUGUAUACGUUCGUACGACAACAGGAAAUGAAACAUACAUUCCAACAGCAUCAGCAGCCGCCGGUCAAUGAAACACGAACAGAUCCAGAAAAAGGCCAAACAAACAUCUAACAUGCUCUAGUCAUUCUACUUACCUUCCGAUUAUUUUAAAUGAGCUUGAACAAAUUAUCACCGAUUAUUCCAGAACUUUAUCAAUAAAAUUUUAUUAUCACAA